AUGGACAUCGACGAUUACAAGACUAAAAUGAACGAGCUACUGCUGGAUACCAACACCUACAAGCAAAUCACCAGAGACCCGACAUCUAGAUACCAAACCAUGAACAACAGAAUAGUACAACGCCUAUAUGACUUGAAACUGGUCGAUAAAAACGAAUACUACUCUCUAAAAACAAACACUGCCACCUGCCCCAGAAUAUACGGCCAGCCCAAAGCACACAAACCGAACCUACCACUCCGCCCCGUUAUACCCAACAUGACCGCUCCAUCGUACGCACUCUCGAAAUAUAUAUGCAAAAUACUACAAGCAUCCAUCAAAAGCAACUACAGUGUAACAGAUUCGUUUGCUUUCUGCCGGUUUAUCAACUCAAUUACACUACCACAAAACUACGAGAUGAUCUCUCUGGACGUGAUCUCUCUAUUUACAAACAUCCCACAGGAACUAGUAACGAAAGGGAUUAUAGAUCAUUGGCAACACAUCAGAUCAAAUACCAAUAUCUGCUUAGACAUUUUCCUAGAGAUGGUCAAUUUCUGCAUGGAUUGCAGCUACUUUCAAUUUGACAACAAAUACUACCAUCAAAUAAAAGGAACGGCUAUGGGAAAUCCGCUCUCCCCUAUACUAGCCGAAAUUGUUAUUGACACACUAAUCGAUACAGUAAUGAGCACAAUACACAUAUCGAUACCAGUUGUUAAAAAAUAUGUCGACGAUCUACUUCUUACAGUUCCGCACGGCAAGAUGUCAGAGGUUCUAAACUCAUUUAAUAGUUACCACCCAAUGCUUCAAUUCACAGCCGAAGCAGAGAAAGACUGCCAGUUGCCAUACCUAGACAUGCUACUCAUACGGAAAAACGACCAAACCAUACAGACCCAAUGGUACACCAAAAGCAUAUCCUCCGGAAGACUGAUCAACUACCACUCGUUCCACCCACUCAGUCAAAAAAUGAACACCGCUAUUAAUUUCAUCACCCGUGUCGACAGACUCUCUACAAACUAUACCAACGCUGAAAAAUACUCAAUCAUACAAUCACACCUGAAACGCAAUGACUACCCAAUCAAGCUGAUCAACCGAUGUUGGAACCGCUACGUCAACCAAAGCAACCGGAGCUCCGAGAAACCACCACCACCAAGCCCACCACCAAGCCCACCACCGCCACCACCGCCGCCACCGCCACCACCGCCACCACCACCGAACACACCAUGUAAAUCCAGCAAUACAACGACGUCCAACGAACAGCCAGCCAUCCAUAGACCAUCGCCUACCCAGACAGCAUCAUCACCAGAAGAUCGAGAAAGCCAAAUACCAUCUAACCAGCAACCAUUUCUAGUAAAGCAACCCACACAACUUUACAGAUCAAUCCCACACAUAGCAGACUUAUCACCUCGAAUUGCCAAAAUUCUCAAAAGAGAACUUGGUGAUAUCAAAAUUGCAUACUCAAACACCAAUAAUCUAAGUGCUCUCCUCCCACCAAUUAAAGACACUCUCCCAACACUAAUGCAACACAACGUCAUUUACAGUACCAAAUGUAGAGAAUGCUAA